AGCUGUCAAAAAGAAAUGUUUCUGAUUUGUGUUUUACCCUUUAUUUAUUUCUUUUAACAUUUAACGAAAAUAUUGAUACGAUCUUAUUAGGCCACAAAUUAAUUGCUCUAUCAGGUGUACUUAACCUAGUAUCAUUAAAAUUUUCACCAGAUUACAUUUAAUUUAACAAAAUGGAUCAGAUGUUACCGAGUCCAUAUAAUAUACCGGGGAUAGGAACCCCGCUACAUCAACCUGAAGAAGAUCAGCAAAUAUUACCUAAUGCCAUGCACCAACAACAGCAGGCUUUGGCUACGUUGGGUUCUUCACCAUUAGUUGGAUUUGGAGGAUCUAUAAUGGGUACUCCUCAAAGAUCUAUGCACACAUAUGCACCAACAGCCAGCUACUCAACUCCACAGCAAAUGAUGCAGCCUCAAACUCCUCAAAAUCUCAUGUCUCCCAUGAUAACUGGUGGUAGCCUAGCAGGACAGCAGAUGCUCAGUCAAGCCAGUCCAGCACCUAUGACUCCAAUGACCCCUCAUUCAGCAGACCCUGGUAUUUUACCACAGUUACAAAAUAUUGUUUCCACUGUGAAUUUGAAUUGUAAGUUAGAUCUGAAAAAAAUUGCACUUCAUGCUCGUAAUGCAGAAUAUAACCCAAAGAGGUUUGCUGCUGUCAUUAUGAGAAUAAGAGAACCCAGGACUACAGCACUUAUUUUUUCAUCCGGCAAAAUGGUCUGUACAGGAGCUAAAAGUGAAGAAGAUUCUCGAUUAGCGGCUAGAAAAUAUGCAAGAAUCAUACAAAAGCUUGGUUUUACAGCAAAGUUUUUAGAUUUCAAAAUACAAAAUAUGGUUGGAAGUUGCGAUGUGAAAUUUCCGAUACGACUUGAAGGAUUAGUUCUUACACACGGUCAGUUCAGUUCUUAUGAACCUGAACUUUUUCCUGGACUUAUAUACAGAAUGGUGAAACCAAGAAUAGUAUUGUUAAUAUUUGUAUCAGGCAAAGUGGUUCUAACAGGUGCUAAAGUACGACAAGAAAUUUAUGAAGCAUUUGAUAAUAUUUACCCUAUACUAAAGAGUUUUAAAAAACAAUGAACAGUUAUUGUGUAUGUGACAGUGUUUUUUUUAAUAUAAUCCAUAAUUUAAGUAUA